AAAUCUUACAUUAGUAACUUAAUUUAAUGAACUUGUAAAGAAAUUCUUCUUAUUUAAAGAUUUUAACCCUAUUUUUUUAGAAAAAAAAUAAUUAAAUAAACAGCAUAAUGUAUCGAAAUCAAUAUGAUCACGAUGUUUCAAUAUGGAGUCCACAGGGGAGAAUAUUUCAAAUUGAAUAUGCAAUGGAGGCUGUAAAACAAGGGAGCGCAACUGUUGGUUUAAAAUCAAAAGAUUAUGCUGUUUUAGUUGCAUUAAAGAGGUCUUCCUCAGAACUAUCAUCUUAUCAAAAGAAAAUAAUUUCAAUUGAUGAUCAUGUUGUUGUUAGUAUUGCAGGACUUACUUCUGAUGGAAGAUUGCUGAGCUCAUUCAUGCGUGAUGAGUGUUUAGAUUCCAAAUAUGUUUAUGAUCUGCCUUUACCUGUUUCGAGAUUGGUUAGUUCUACCACAGAAAAAAUGCAAAAGCCAACUAAGGUUUAUGGAAGAAGACCAUUUGGUGUGGGAUUAUUAGUUGCAGGUUAUGAUAGUCAAGGAGCACACAUUUAUCAACUUUGUCCAUCAGCAAAUUUCUAUGAUUGUAAGGCAAUGUCUAUUGGUGCAAGAUCACAGAGUGCAAGAACAUAUUUAGAGAGAAAUUUAGAAAAGUUCCCAGAAUCUACAUAUGAAGAAAUUAUUGUUCAUGGUUUACAAGCGCUUCGUGAAUGUCUGCCCAACGAACAAGAACUGAAUAACAAGAACUGCACUGUUGCAAUUGUUGGGAAAGAUAAACCACUCACUAUACUUGACAAUGAUGAUAUUGUUCCAUUUCUAGCUUUGAUUGAUCAAACUAAAAAAACUAAAAAGUCUGAGGAAGAUGAAGAUACACCUAUGGAGCCACAAAGUGCAGCUGAUAGCGAACCUACGGAACCAUCUGGUGAUGAUCAAAUGGAAACUUAGUAGCAUUAAAUUUUUUUUUGUUAGAAUUAAAGUUAUUAAAAUUAGCCUGUUAAAUAAAGGAGUUGAUGUACUUUAAUGUAAAGAUAUCUUAAACCUUAUUUA